CAAAAUUCGGAUAGGUAUAUAAAAUGUGUUUUUCUUUCCAUACAUUUAUUUGGGAAAAUUAAUUCCGGUAUUUUGUACUAGCUAUGGAACUUAAAAAUGGUAACUUUGACAGUCUGCUUCAUUGUAGUCGCUCCUGCUUUUGAAAAAAUACGUUCGGAAGAAUCGCUUGUCGCCACAAUUGGUUUCAUAUCCAACGUCACAUUCUUCUGGAUGUUUGUGUUUAAUAUGUGAUGCUAGAUUGUUUUUUUUCCAGAUGUUUUAACUCGUUUGUUACAAAUAGUGCAAACGGCAGUACCGUCUUCUUUUUUGAAAUAUGACCAUAAUCUACU